CGGCCCCCGUAGCGGGCCGGAGCUCAGGCGCUGGGCGGCAGGUUCUCCCUCGCCAUGGCGGGCGAUCUGGAAAGCUGCAAGUCCCUGAGCGGGCUGCUGAGCGGCCUAGCGCAGAACGCCUUUCACGGACACUCGGGCAUCACCGAGGAGCUGCUGCACAGCCAGCUCUAUCCGGAAGUGCCACCGGAGGAAUUCCGCCCCUUCCUGGCGAAGAUGAGGGGAAUUCUCAAGUCUAUUGCAUCUGCAGACAUGGAUUUCAACCAGUUAGAGGCAUUCCUGACUGCUCACACCAAAAAGCAAGGCGGCAUCACCAGUGAGCAGGCUGCAGUUAUCUCCAAGUUUUGGAAGAGCCACAAGACAAAAAUCCGAGAGAGCCUCAUGACCCAGAGCCGCUGGGACAACGGACUCCGGGGCCUGAGCUGGAGGGUCGAUGGCCGGUCCCAGUCACGGGACCUCGCCCAGAUCCACAGCCCUGUUGCCAUAAUGGAGCUGGAGUUCGGGAAAGGCGGACAGGAAUCUGAAUUUCUGUGUCUGGAAUUUGAUGAAGUUAAGGUCAAGCAAAUCCUGAAGCAGCUGUCGGAGGUGGAAGAGAGUGUCCACAGGCUGCUGCAGGCCGCCUGACUGAAGGAGGGAGCAGGGGCGGAGCGUUGAGGGGAGCUGCUCACAGACCUCCUCCACUGACCCUCUGAAAGUCCUGUGUGCCCCUCAGUGUUACCCAAAGACACUGUAGACAUGUAUGAAAGUCUUCAAGAAUGAAUAAAAAUGUAUUUUAAAAAAUGGGUAAAGAAGAGAAA